GAACAAUGAUAACCUAGAAUAUUGUUGACAUUGUACUUGAACUACUGUAGCGAAGUUCAAAGUGAAAAUGAAUCAAAAUUGUAUAUUCUGCAAAAUUAUAACUGGUGAAGCUAACAGUACCAAAUACUAUGAGGAUGAAGAAACACUUGUGUUUAAGGACAUAAAACCUGCAGCUAAACAUCAUUUUUUAUCCAUACCAAAGAAACACAUUACAAAUAUUAACAGCCUCACAAAAGAUGACAUUCCAUUAGUUAAUAAACUGGUUGAAGAGGGAAAGAAGGUCUUACUUGAGCAAAAGGGUGAAACUGAGAAUAUGCUUCUAGGAUUUCACUGUCCCCCAUUCAAUGCUAUAUCACAUCUACAUUUACAUGUUAUAAGUCCAAGAAAUGAAAUGUCCUUUUUAAGCCAAAUUAUGUUCAGACCUAAAUCAUGGUGGUUCAUCACUGUGGAUGAUGUCUUACACAAUCUGCAAAAUAAAUUAUAAUUAUUCUGUA